UAACAUUCGUCUAACUUGAAAAAGUCGGAGAGGAGGAUAAAAGAGGUGAGACGCCCCGUUAGACUGUCACACUGCUUCCUGACCGUGGACGGGUUCACAGCUGAAAGAUCACAAUGAAGAUCAUACUAGUGUGCCUAGCUCUGCUCGGCGCUACUUAUGCUUAUCCACAUUUACCAAUUGAUGAAGUCAAGCAACGAUGCCUUAUUGACAAACCGGACGUGUCACAAGGUGUCGCCUACGUCUCGGACUCUGACUGUGCCUUUUACUGGCAGUGUGACUUCGCCUACACCGUACUGAAGAAUGUCACCCUCAAAAAGUGUCCCAUCGGAACGAUGUGGGCCAAGAUCGGGUCUUUAGCAAACCCACCAUUACCGGGUGAGGAACCCGUCGUUUGUGUCAACUGCGCCCAGCAGCCGGAUCAUGAAUGUCAUGUACAGUACCCGUACGGGUCCAAACAGUGUCCAAAUGACACAACACCUGCACCUACUACAACGGAAAAACCACGACCUCUUGGAGAUAAGAUUUGUAGACUUGACCCUCAGAAUAUGGUGUUCCAAGAAAUCGUAGGAGAAAUAAGCGAAGUUUGGUAUUGGGGAGCGAAUGAAACAUUCAGCUGUGGACAUCUCAUCUUUAAUUUUACGAAAUGUGAAUGCCAGGCUGCACCUGAGUUUCCAGCUCGGUGGAAUUUUAAUGUGAACUUGAACUCGGACAACAACAGACUUUACGCCGCCAACGAACCAGUGGGCACAGUAGGUUUGUCGGUAAUAGAGCCAGGAUGCGCCGAGUUUAAUGGAUCAGGCGGACUUCAAAUUCCAUACUUUAAGAACAUGCGUCCGAGGACAAGCUGGCUAACUGCUCUUGUCUUCAACAGAGAUCCGCCACAGAACGCUGUUAUUCUUUUCGAGUGCAUUACCAUCUUUAUAUAUGAUGAUGGUACAAUCACGGCGUCCAUAGUAGUCCAGAACCCCGAGGGAAAGAAGCAUCCCCUGACUGUCUCAGUUACGUGCUAUGUGAACUCUGAUGAGUAA